GCCCCUCUUGUAUCAGAUCUCUCAUUCUCUCGGUCUUCGGUGAGAGACGACUUCGGGGUCUCUCUACAGUUCUCAAGUCAAAACCAGCAGCUUCGAAACACAUCAGCAUUUCGUAGCCUUUAGCACCUUGCGCCGCGUGGGCAGAUCUGUAGAGCGCGAUCAGCAGCGUGGGGAAGGCUACGCUCGCGCAUCGGGCCUAAAGCCUUUCCGACAGCUCUAGCUCUCUCGUCCGGACGAACGGCAAUUGGCAUUCCGAGAAGGAAGUCACCACGCCUUGGUGAGCGCGUCCCCAUUUUGAGAAUACCAUGGUCACUUCCAAAGAGCUGGAAGAUGCGAUCCGCGCCAAGAUCCAAGGCGUCAGCGCAGCCGUCGUCUCAGACGUCUCAGGAGGUUGCGGCCAGGCAUACGACGUGGUCAUCGUCAGCGAAGCAUUCGAAGGGCUUACGACGCUUAAACGACAUCGAUUAGUGAACGAAUCGCUAAAGGACGAAAUUGCGCAGAUGCACGCGUUCUCACAAAAGACAUACACGCCGAAGCAAUACGAGUCACAGUGAAAGCGUUCAGCAUUACGCCUCAACGGGUGUGCGUGCCCCGCCGACUCGCUCGCCUCUGUGAUGUAGCAUUAACAAACGAUGUGUAGAGGCAUUGGUGGCUUUAUGUGCACCCACACCUGCAUCCUAAUAGAACAUACUUGAACCAGC